AUGAAUUCCACAUCAAGGUCCACUAUUGGUUCAAGCACGCCAUUCAAAAUUAAAGUCACACAACCGACAGUUCCUCCAACAACUACUGAUAGAUUUUCAUCACCGUUAAGCAAUUAUGUACAAAAUGUUACUACUGUUGAAUCAACAACCGUUUCCCCGUCAACGUCUGCUAAGACAUCAACAACUGUUGUCACUACAAGCACUUUGCCAAGUACACCACGAGUUACAUUUCAGACAACUGUUACACUAAUAGAAGGUCAUACAAAUCUCUGCCCUGUGAUUUUACAGUCGGAAGCAAAGCAUACCCCAUCAAUUACGCUUGCUCAAUUCAGAAACAAAUGUUACGAAGUUGUUCAAACAAAAGUCUCGUGGAUACAUGCGGAAAAGAAUUGUUUGAGCAAAAAGGGUCAAUUAGUUGAUAUAAGAAGCCAAGAGGAGCAGGAUUUCCUAUUUCACUAUCUUGAAAGUAUCAAGAGUCAUACCAUAUGGUUAGGACUCCAUGACAGAAACGCGGAGGAGAAAUUUGAAUGGACAUCAGGUGAACCAGUCACAUACACUAAUUGGAAGGACCAUCGACAGACAUGGAACCAUCUUAAAGAAGACUGUGUGUAUAUGACGGCUAACGGAACGUGGAAUGACAUCUAUUGCGGAAGUUCUGACGACCGGUAUGAGCAGCAAACGGGCUUUGUCCAUUCCUACAUCUGUCAGUAUGAUACUUAUGAUCCACUGGAUGGACAGUUAAACUUGUGUUCACUCAAACUUCACCACCAGGCUGACAAAGAUAAUGCAAUUUUAAGUCAAUUUGGACACAGUUGCUACGAGCUUGUUUCGAAUGUAGCAAUAGCUUGGCAACAUGCUGAAGAUGUUUGUAAGCAAAGAGGCGGUCAUCUUGCAAAUAUUAAAUCUUCUUUAGAACAAGCGUUCAUUCAGGGAUUUAUGCAGCGGUAUUCACCGCACAGUCCAAUUUGGAUUGGGCUCAGUGACAUGGCUUCAGAGGGAACAUUUUACUGGACGUCAGGCGAAGCCGUCAAGUUUACCAAUUGGAUACAAAGUCAUGCAAAUAAUAAUAAUAUCAACAAUUGUGUUAUUUUAAUGCCUUACGAAAAUGGUAAAUGGGAAAAUGUGCCUUGUGGUGUGUCUCACCAUUACAGUAAAAUAGUUGACAAGGGGGAAGUACAUCCUCUUCUAUGUGAAUAUAAUACAGUCUCGGGGGCUCCUAUCGUUGGUUAGUACAAACAAAUGUUGUUUAUUUGUAAGUAAAACAAUGCAAUGGAAAUAAACUUGCUUUUAUCCG